AUGUCUUUUGAAUCAGUUAGGCCAUUUCGAUUUGGUGUCUUUCUAUGUUGUGAUGCUUUAUUGUUGUUUCAGACCGACGAUCCUUGCUACCCUAAUCCUUGUUCCGGGAACGAAAAAUGUGCGAAAACGAAUCGGGAAUCGUAUUACUGCCAAGAAAUCAUUCCGAAAGACUGUGGUGAUAUUUUAGUAACAGGUAAAGGGAGUGGUGUGUAUGCUAUAAAUAUUGACGGCACACAUGGCUUUAAAGUCUAUUGUGAUAUGGAAACAAACGGAGGUGGAUAUACAGUUUUCCAAAACAGAUAUGAUGGCAGUGUUGACUUUUAUAACGCUAGGACAUGGGCAAACUUUAAACAUGGAUUCGGUAAUCUAUCUGGAGAGUUCUGGUUAGGUCUGGAAAACAUUCAUCAGAUGACAAGGAAAAAUGAAUUCAUGCUAAGAGUAGAUUUAGAAGACCACUAUGGUGUCAAAGCCUACGCUGAAUAUACCACAUUUAGUGUAAAUAGUGAGGCUGAUAAAUACAGGCUUGGUAUUGCUGGCUACUCCGGAACAGCAGGUGAUUUUAAAGACAGUGGCAUGCUGAAUGACGCAAAUAUGCAGUUCAGUACACCAGAUAUGAAUACAUUCUGUACUUUAAGAAUGAAAUCAGGUUGGUGGCAUGAAUAUUGUACACACAGCAAUCUGAAUGGCGUAUAUAACGCAGGAAUUUUUUGGUAUGGAUUCAAGCAAUACACUGACUUAAAGAAAGUUUCAAUGAAAAUAAAAAGGAAAUAA